AAAGGCACAUUUAAAGUCAAAUUUGUGUCGAAGUUAUUUCCAUACAUUAUCAUCAUGUACAAAAAGGAUACAUGCUUUUGAGAUCGGAUGUAAGACAGACGUUGAGGGCGCUUUGUUAAAAGAUGAAGCUAGGAGUUGAACAGCAAAUGAUAAGGUGAACAUCAAGACUCUUAUCUUGAGCUGGAGACACACGAUCUAGUCAUCAUGAGCAUGCGACGGCAGUCCAGAGUAUCCAGUCAUGCAUCCCUCCCAGAGCACAAAUCAGAAGCGGCUUCCAACGAGAGGUCUACACGAUCCCGCACUUCCUCAGAAGACCUGGUGGUCCUGGAGCUGCCCAAAAUAGUCCGCACGAAACGGUCAGGUCACCAGAGGUCAGGGGUCGAAGUUCAACAUGACCCUGUCAAAAACGGCAAGGCAGGCCUCGAAGGAGAGGUAUCAAGACGUGGUUUACGAAGCACUGAGCAUUCUGUGUCGAAAAAUGUAGACGCAUCAGUUACUGUUGACUGUCAAAGUAGUGGCGGUGGUGAUGCGAAGGUCUUGGGACGUACAAGGAGAAGGUCUGGAAGGGUCACUAAUGCUCCAGAAGAGGCUGAAAAAGCUGAAACUGUCCAACAGGAUGCCCUAGAAGGAGGUCGAUGUUUACGGAGAAGAACUAGGUCAGGCGCAUCAACAGAUUGUGUUGAUAAUGGCCCCGCAGAAAGACCAAAGGACAAUGAUCAAGACCGUUCACGUCACAGAAGCUCUGAUGGUGAGGAUCAUAACUUGCAUAAGUUGUUGCCAAACAAGACUUCUGUGAAAGAUGUUAGUGCGUCGGAUGUGAGGAAAGGUAGUGGGGAUGUCUCAUCCUCACAUGAACACCAUCACAAGUCGAAAGACUUGCCACAAUCUACCUCAGUACACAAAGCAUCCAAUCCGUUGAAAUCCAAGCAAAUAGGAUUGGGAGAAACAGUAGAGCAGGCCGGACCUGUGACUGUAUCUCUAACAGGACUGCACGGCUCCUCUGAGCAACCUCGGGAGAUCAGAGACAAGGUGCCGAGACUUGACCUGCCUUCGGCACCCUCUGAAGGACCACUGUCGCGAACUAGUCAACGGAGAGCACGACAGUCUCACUUGGAAAAUAAAAACAAUCUCCCGAAUGACAAGCAAGAGGCAUCCGAGUCAGAUGCCGGGGAUGCUCACCUCUUGGCUAGCAAUGGUGUCAAGGGAGGCAAGACAUCUCCUAGGAAAAGAACCCGUAGCGGCAGCACCAGCGUCUCUCCGAGGAAGCCAGCUGAGAGCCAGGAGGCAGUCUCUGUCGAGCCCGGCUCGCCCAAAAGGCGAAGGACAGGGUCCGUGUGCCGGGAUCUCUCACAAGAUUUUAAUACAGCAAAGCUGACGGGCACAGAAACUACCCCUGCUCCAAGUUCACAAGCUGAAUGCAAUAACAAAAUACUGGCUGACCCUCAAGACUCUUCUGGAAACAAGGACACAACUCCAGGAGCAACUGUCAACGACGGCACAGACAAAGAAACUUUUAAUCUCAUCCCUUUGAUACCUGGCAGCACAGAUACCAGACAAACUGAAGACACCUUGGUCAUGGACACGGUCCUCCCUCAGCGAUCCAGACGUCGGAGCGGCACUUCCCCAAGGGGUACCCCUCAAAAACAGGCUCAGCUGGACCUGACCAAAUCGCCGACUAGGAGGGGUUUAAGGUCGGGCGGGGCAAUCCCAGAAGCCCCUCCAGAGGUGACCCAGAGGUCAGAGGUCACCGAUAACGCCCAGAAGGACAGAGAAGCAGUCACGCCCUCAAUAAGCCCUGCUGUUAGCCCAAGGAAAUCAUCGGGUAAGAAGAGAGGGUCCAGCAAGAAGGACAGCACCCUUGGGAAGGGGGAGGCCAAGGAGUCGGGUGAGGAGCCCGGAGAGCAGGGUCAGGAGGCGCGUUUCAGCAGAGAGGAGGUGGACUAUCAGGCAGAGGAGUGGUACGAAGACGUGGAUGAGACGGAGCCGUUCUACUUUGAGUCGGAUCACAUGGCCAUCAAAGGAAGCAAAGAUUAUCGAAUGCUCCUCCGUACUUUGACCACCCUGGAAGCCCAGCGCAAGCAGGCCAUUCAGGAUCUAGACAAGCUGUUAGAAUCCCGUGACAAGGCUCUGAAGAACCCCGUCAAGUUUGUGCACAAGCUCCAGCACAAGGACACCCUGAACCUUCCCCAUAGCCAACGCAUUGUCACUUGCCCUGAUAUUGACUGGGGGCGCUACAUCGGCCCCCCGGAGACCAAUGAGCUACUGGGAUUGGUCAGCCAGCCUAGGAGCAUGCGCCCUUCCAAGUCAACAAGCAAUACUACACAUGCACAAGCAGCAGCUGGAUGUGGCUCUUCUACCUCAACCCAAACCAAGCCGGUACCCGCAGUCUCUGCAGCAUCCCAGGCACUGUCGACCUCAGCAGGAGUACCAGUUAGUCUGGAUCCGGAUAUGCCCUCGACAAGCAGCACGCCAGAUACUGCACAAAACAUUGAUAUGCUGGAGCCUACGCAAGAGCCAAAACUGGAAACUGUCCGUGGUAGAGUCGCCGAAGCAAACAAGCCUCCCACUUUUAAUCAGCUGUGGACAAGAGACGAACAACGGAGAUUGGAGGAAUCUCUCGUCAAGUUUCCGACGGAGGAAGUGGAGGCCAGACGAUGGGAGAAGAUCGCCAAGGCACUGGGCAACCGCACAUCCCAGCAGGUUGCGAGCAGAGUGCAGAAGUAUUUCAUCAAGCUCAUGAAGGCCGGCAUGCCAGUACCGGGCCGACUUCCAAACCUCGCGACAUAUCAGAACUGCAAAAAGACUGGGAAGAAGAUUCACCCCUUCACUAAGCCCCUGUAUCAAGCCUCCACGUUCCUUCAGUCCAUCCAGCCCCCGGUCUACAUGGCUGAUGAUGACCCUUACAGCUACGCAGAUGGCCAAGAUGAUGACGACGAUGAUGAUGAAUUGGUCUCGGAUGACGAGUCCGUGCCAACAGACGUAAGGGACACCCCGGAGUAUCAAGAAUUGAUCCAGCUGAAGCUGAUGAAGCGAAGGAAAGUCCGACAACAGGGUCAUACUGGUUUUCGCUGUGACGGCUGUGACAUGGAGCCCAUCAUUGGUGUGCGCUGGCACUGCACGGAGUGCCCUGAGCCUGUCUCUACAGAUCUCUGCCAAAACUGUGUCAACCGCAACUUUAGCUCCAAGCAUCAUUCCAGCAGCCACCGGAUGGAACCAGUUCACACCGGUUACAGCCAGAGCUAUGUGGAUGGGGACUACACCAGCUUUGAGCCCAGCUCUGGUGACUACAACUACCUAGACCCAAACUACAAUCCAGUGCACGCCGCGACCUGACCAAACGGGGGCAGUAUUACCAUAAUCACUGUAAAACUGUAAUUUGUUGGGCUGUUAUUUUUGUUAUUUACUGGGGAAUGUAUAUUUAUCAAUUGCAGGACUUGCUGAAUUUUUUGCUAGACACAUUUUGGGUUUACAAUGAAUGGAUGAAUGAAACAUGAAUUAAGAAACAUGCAUAUAUAUGCAUUAACAAUUUGCAUAAAUGAAUAAAAGAUCUGCAUAUAUUCGGGAUCCAGAACAAGACCAGCAGCCGAUUUCACGAAACUUUACGCAAUGGCGCAACUCUGCUUGCGCCACAAUUUAUUGCAUAAGCUGCGACUCGUUUCAUGAAAGUCUUGAAGUGCAUAAGUCUGUGACUUGCAGAAUAAAUGAAUGUGUAAUUUGCGCAAUAAAUUAUGGCGUAACUUGCGCAAUCAUUUUAUGUGGCGUAAGUACAAAUUCUAUAAUACAAGUGACAGAAUGUUUAGAGUUGACUUAAUACGAUUCCAAAGAAUGUUGGACAUUUUCAAAAUGGUAGGCCGAGGUGAUUUGACGAUUGUUUCGUGAACAACUUCAUACGCAAACAGCUGUCGGAAAUGCUGUUAUUAUCCUCGUCCAAGAUGUUUAGCUUAUUUAAAAACAUUACACAGCUACGCCAAGUUUCGUGAAAUCGAUCGUAAGUUUAUUGCUUACGCUGCUUAGACUUUACACUGUACUUCAGGAUUCAGCUAGAUAGUCUAGCGCCCUCUAUUGAAUUGUCUGCAAGUGACUAUCCAUUGUCUGAAGUGUUUCAAUUUUAUGUAUUACUCCUAGGCUAAUAUUUGUUAUGUGUUGUGCGGAAAAAACCCAGAGCAACUUGAUUGAAUAAUUUAGCAAUUUUGUUAACUGCUGUUUUUCUUUUCAAAAGAAUUAAACAUCAACAUGAAAUUACUCAUGUAUUUUAGCUUAGCCGAAUCCCCAUUAAAACAGAAUGCUUGUAUAGACCUUUUCUGAUUGUA